AUGAAAACUCCACAGGGAGACGCGGAUCUUUUUCAACAUUUUUCGCAUUUAAAAAAUCACACGGUUGCCGUCGUACCAAACACAUCAGAAGUUCAAAUAUUUCUCGAUCAUGUCAAUUAUAUGUGGUUAAACAUGCAAGAGAGACCAGGAAAAUAUCCAAUAGAUUUUGUCAUGUUUCACACGAAAGAUGAUUUAAUGUCUGCUUAUUGGACGGAUCCAAAAAGUAUACCAAUCGCUGUUGUUUUCGAUGAAGAAGAUCCUCUUCAGUACGAAAUAAGAACAAAUCCAUCCUUUGUGGUUACACCUCAAACGACAGAAUUAUAUUCAUCGCCGGCUAAUUGUAGAGAAAGCGUCAGUCAUUGGGCUGGAAUUUUCCCUAUCGAAACCGGAGAUUCUUGUCCAGUUAAUCAAUAUUAUUAUUCAGGUUUUGUAGCUCUACAAACUCUUCUAGACUACACUAAAAUUCGGUUGGACAGCAAUAAACUCGAUCUUCAAGUUCCUCAUUUUUUAUUAGAAUUAUUUCCAAAAGAAGCUUUCACCGGUUAUUGGAUGGUUGCAUUCAGGGUUAUAAUACCUUUAUACAUGGUGAUGGCUUUGUCUCAAUUCAUAACAUAUCUAUUGAUAUUAAUCGUUGGUGAAAAAGAGAAAAAAAUUAAGGAGGGAAUGAAAAUAAUGGGACUCAAAGAUUCAGUAUUUUGGUUAUCGUGGUUUAUUAUUUAUGCAAUAUUUACAACGUUUUUAUCAAUAAUAAGUUGUGUUCUUUUAUUCUCAUUACAAGUUUUUCAACAUACAAAUUACAUAUUAAUAUUUUUGCUGACUUUACUCUACUCAUUUUCAAUAAUUAUGUUUGGAUUUUUAAUCACUCCGUUUUUCGACAAAUCUAGGACUGCUGGAAUUCUUGGAAAUUUUGCCGUUAACAUGAUGUCCCUUUUUUAUUUUAUACAAGUUUUCGUUGACGAUUCUGAUUCUAUUGCACUUUGGAUUGUUUCUCUAAUAAGUUCAUCAGGUUUUGCCUUGGCCAUGGACAAAGCAUUAGUUCUAGAUCUUUCGGGAAACGGAGUGUCGUUUGAUAAUUUAUGGGCAGGACCCGGAAUUUCUUUCGGUGGUUCUCUGAUCAUGAUGGCUUUCGAUACCAUUCUGUACGGGUUUUUAGCAUAUUAUUUGGACAGCGUUAUACCUAGCGAACACGGUGUGAAAAGAAAACCUUGGUUUUGUUUUACAUUAAAUUUUUGGUGCCCCAAUAAAAAAUCUCCAACGGUUCCUUUAGUGAACGGCGAAUCGGGAUCAUUUGACACCAGUGAAGAAGCCACUCGUGAUGUUGAACCUGUGGCAAGAGAAAUGAAAGGACGAGAAGCUAUUAGGAUUGUCGAUUUGUAUAAAUCUUUUCGAAGUUGCAGAAAACCUGAAAUAAAAGCCGUGAACGGUAUAAAUUUAACAAUUUAUGAAGGGCAAAUAACAGCAAUUCUAGGACAUAACGGAGCCGGAAAAACUACAUUAUUUAAUAUAUUAACGGGUUUGACAUCUCCGACAGCAGGCACGGCUUUGGUUUUUGGAUAUGAUAUUCGAGAUCCAAAUGGAAUGAGUAACAUUCGUCAAAUGAUCGGAGUUUGCCCUCAACACGACAUAUUGUUUGAUCUUUUAACUCCAAGAGAACAUUUAGAAUUUUUUGCCGUUGUCAGGGGUAUACCAAAAAAUACAAUCGAAAUGGAAGUAACAAAAACAUUACGAGAUAUCGAUUUGGUAGACAAAGCAGAUACGUUUGCAAAAUAUUUGUCGGGAGGGCAGAAAAGAAAACUUUCUGUUGGUAUAGCUGUCAUUGGAGAUCCAAAAAUUAUUAUAUUAGAUGAACCCACUGCCGGUGUCGAUCCGUAUUCGAGAAGGCAUCUUUGGUCAGUUUUGCAAAAUAGACGACACGGUAAAGUAUUUCUUCAUCUUGAAAGAGACGAAGAAACGGAUUGCGUUAUGGAUAAUCUUAGUAAAAAAAUGGUUAGAAACAGAGCGUUAAGCAGAUCGUUAAGUUUACAAAGUAAAAGUACGAGUUACCAAAGUCUUCAAAAUGAAAUCGGAGGGAUAAGCAAUAAUGUUGAUGGUAUUACCAAACCACAAAAUGAAAAUUUGGAAAAUAAUAUUUUGCAUGCGAACGAAAAUGCACCGUUGACGGGCGUUCAAGGAUUCGGUGAAACUUAUUUGAAAGAAACUAAUUUGGCUGUUUACAACGGUUCCGAUACAAAUCUCGAUCAGUUUUACAAAAUGCUCCUCAUGUCUGGUUUUGAUGACAUUGAAAAAUACAAUGGAAAUUAUUCGCUCCUCCUAGAAGUCAAACCUCACAUGGCUGCUCUCAAUAUAAAUGUUUUCGAACCUCCUUUUUUUAACAUAACAGCUAUUUAUAAUGACACGAUGCAACAUUCUCUUCCGAUUUUGAUGAAUUUAUUAAACAACGCUCUAUACAGAUUUUUUGUACACGGUAAAAGCAGCGGAAUGUUCGAUCCUCCGAUCGUUAUGAAAACUCAUCCUUUUCAGCAAACAUCACAACCGGAAGGUUUACAUUUUGGAACUUUCACGUCUGCUCUUUUCAUUGGAAUGACUUUCGUUUUGGUACCUGUUAGUUUAGCCGUGGAUAUGGUGUACGAUCGAGAGAUCAAAGCAAGAAAUCAAUUACGCGUCAACGGUUUAAGUUUCAGUCAAUAUUUUCUAACUUAUGUCAUAGUUUUGGGAGUUCUCAUGCUUUUCAUUUGCUUUUCAUUAAUACUUUUGAUAUUAAUAUUCGAUUUACCUUCUUUACGUGAACCUCCUGCAUUUAUGAUGCUCGGAAUAUUGAUCAUACUUUACUGCCCAUCGAGUAUUUUAUGCUGCACUUGUUUAUCGUACAUAUUUGAUAAAGCUGAUACAGCUUUAAGCAUUUUGCCAAAUAUUGUUACUUUUAGCGGUAUAAUACCUUUUUCACUCGUUAUCAUAUUGGACAUGUUUCGUAUAGGUGGAAGAGCAGUUAUUGGUUUACACACUUUUUUCUCAUUGGUCAAUACCCUCUACGUUCCAUACGCUGUUAUUUAUUUCGUCGAUAGAGUUUACAUAAUGUGUUCAAUGAAUCCGGCUUGCAAUUAUUUAGUAUUUAGUGAUUAUUUAACGGACGAAAUUAUAAUUAUGAUAUUUAGCUCGCUAUUACACAUACCAUUUUGGUUUUUAAUGUUGAGGAUCGUGGAUGUGAAAAAAUCGGGUGGUAAAAUUAGCGAAGCUUUUCAAUUUCUUACCUCUAAUGAUUCGCCUAACCUUAAAGAAGUUUUGGAAAAUAGCGAUGUCGGUGAAUACGAAGAUGUGGAUGUCAAGUCGGAAAGAACAAGAGUAUCUGAUAUACUCAACAGUAAUUUACAGAAUCCUCCGGUGGUGGUGGUCCACAAUCUUAGAAAGGAAUACGUGAAAAGCUCGGAAAGGAUUUGCAACUGUUGUAAAAAGGAUGAAGUUGAACCGAACAGAAAAUUGGCUGUGAGAAAUUUAUCCGUUGCCGUCGAAGCGGGAGAAGUUUUCGGUCUUUUAGGUCACAAUGGCGCGGGUAAAACAACGACAAUGAAAAUAAUGAUUGCGGAAGAAGGUCCUACAAAAGGACAGGUUCAAAUCGGAGGAUACAACAUUAUAUCGAAUAUAAGCGAUGCUUUUCAAAUAAUGGGUUACUGUCCUCAACACGACGCCCAGUGGAAAAACAUAACCGUGAGAGAACAUUUAGAAUGUUAUGCAGCCAUACGCGGAGUUCCGCCCGAAGAAAUAUCACGUGUUGUUGAAAUGUACCUUCAAGGGUUGCAAAUAUCAGAGCAUGCAAACAAACAAAGUCAACACUGUUCGGGUGGUACGAAAAGAAAACUUAGCUUCGCCAUGGCGAUGGUUGGAGAUCCUCGCGUCGUACUAAUGGAUGAACCGUCGACGGGAAUGGAUCCGAAAUCGAAAAGAUUUUUAUGGGACACGAUAUUGGCAAGUUUUCAGGGGAGUCGAGGCGCGAUAUUAACGACACAUUCCAUGGAAGAAGCCGACGCACUGUGUUCGAGAGUCGGAAUAAUGGUCAAAGGUGAAUUGAGGUGCAUAGGAUCGACGCAACAUUUGAAAAAUCUCUACGGAGCCGGAUACACAUUGGAAAUAAAAUUACGUGGGGGCGAUCUCACUCCCACGACUCCCGGUUCGAAUAGGACGGACGAUUUAAAAAAUUUCGUUAGUGAAUUAUUUCCGGAUGCGAUUUUAGAAGAAAGCUUUGCCGAUAGAUUAGUAUUUAGUGUUUCUCAACAGAGUGUGACUAGUUUGGCUCAAUGUUUUUCCAAUUUAGAAAAAGCUAAAACUGAAUUGGAUGUCGAAGAAUAUAGUUUUAGUCAGACAACAUUAGAACAAGUGUUUCUUAAAUUUGCCCAUUACGAUGAAAUAAACGAAGAUUAA